AGUUUUCCGUUUCAAUUCCCACUCUUCACUCCUCAAAACUCAUCAAAAUGGCGCUUCGUCGGGCUUUAGCGAAACGCCUAAACAAUACCCUGAAGAGGGACCCACUUCCAUCGGUAACGGGUCUAGAUCAUUCUCAAAAUCAUUCCACACCAACCAAAACCAGCAAAAUAUCGCCAGUUCCGGCGAAGUCGCCGGAGUCUAUUGACUCCGCCUUAUUCCGCCGGUUCCUCCAAAAAAGAGAAAUCAACCAUGCAGCUAGACUGCCGGAAUUUUUAUCUAUUCCUAUGGGAGAUAAAUUGAGAGAAAAAUUGAGGUCUAUGAAUGUUACCGGAGAAAGGAUUAGAUUCGAAGGACUAGCUCCACCUGCUCCGGCGACGGAGACGGCGGAUUUUCCGGCGGAGACGAUGGGAAGAAUAACGGUGAAUGAUGCUAGGAAAAUUUUGAGGUUUUCACAGUUGGAGAAAGUGAGAUCGAGACUUAGAGAGAUACCGAUGAACUCCAUUUCCUACUCCAAAUUUGUUGAGAUCUGUAGUGAAGUUUGUAGCAACAGAGAACAGGGUUUGGAGUUUGCAAAGAUGUUGGACGAGUCAGGCAGCGUCAUCGUUUUUAGUGACGUCGUUUUGCUCCGUCCCCAUCAGGUGGCAAAAUCAAUGGACAAAAUAAUAUCAGAAUCGAUAGCAUCACCAAACGACCCAAGAAGAAGAGAACUUGAAAAUAUGGAAAAGCAAAAGGCCUUAAUUGAUCAAAAGGCCCAAUCACUAGUCAAAGGCGAACUUUAUUGUGGGCUGGGCUUUCUAAUUCUUCAAACAUUGGGCUUUAUGAGGCUAACAUUUUGGGAGCUGAGUUGGGAUGUAAUGGAACCCAUUUGCUUCUUUGUUACCUCAUUUCACUUUGCCCUUGCUUAUGGAUUCUUCCUAAGAACAUCAAAAGAGCCUACAUUUGAAGGGUUUUUCCAAAGACGUUUCAAAGUGAAGCAAAAGAAGCUAAUUAAGAUUCACAAUUUCGAUCUUGAAAAGUAUAAUAAACUUCGAGAAGCAUUUUAUCCAACUUACUAUAACCAACCAUAUUAUGGUUUCUCGUCGAGUUCGAUCAUGCAAGAAGUCUAGUUUUUUUGUACUAUGCAUGGUUAAGUAUGUAUAUAGUUGAUUUUCUUGAAAAAAUGGAGAGUAUGUAGAAGAUGACAUGAUGAUGAUGAUGAAAAUUUUGUGAUGUUGGAUGUUAAUUGUUAUGUUUCCUCGAGAGUAUGGAAUGAGAAACUUUAGAAUUUAGAU